AUGGCCGCCCAUGCAUUCGGACUGGACACCAUCACCCAGGCUCCCAACAUGAAGACCGCUGUGGUCCGCAAGAUUGCCCGAAAUGCCUGGGGCAUCACCAACUGCAAGAUACAGGUCCUAAACGGGUACGAAGACCAGAACUUUCGGUUGACCGACUGCGUCUGGGAUUCGGGCUCGACCAUCGACCAAACGGUCAUCAUGAAGGUCACCAACCCGGUGGCCGCCCUCAAUCCGGAACAUCUCGACUUCCAGCGCCGCAUCUGCGAGCUGCUCAACGCCGAGGGGAUCCCGGCUCCGUAUUAUAUACCGUUGAAGGGCAGCCAGAAGAUAUGGCGCCUGGAGAAGGUCGCUGAGCACAUGGCCCCGCUUCCGGUGCGGAUGAUCCGCGUCCUCCCCGGCAACAGCCUCGACCAGUUCGAGGCCAAUGAGGCCGUCGUCGUCGCGAUUGGCCGCAUCGUGGCCCGCUUCCACAACAUCAUGGACCAGAUUCCGGUCCACGAGCGCCAGGGCCACGUGCCGUUCAUUGCUGCCGAAAACGUUGAAUGCGCCGUAACGGAGCUGCAAGAAUUGGAGAACCGUCGAAUUCUGUCCCCAGAACGUGCCCAGAUGGUGCGCGUCGUUUUCGAUGAAUUGAGGAUGAUGCUCGACAAUGGGAUGGAAAUGGAUCGAGGCCUCAUCCACUCCGAUAUCAACGACACGAACAUACUGGUCCAGCCGGCCGUUGAUGGAAGUCUUGAGAUCACGGCUCUGAUCGACAUGGGCGACGUGCACACAUCGCUUCGCGUCAUGGACAUGGGCGCCACAUGCCUGUACCUAGCCCUCAGCGACAAGGCUGAGAACGGAGACUGGCGACGGUUCCCGACGUGGUUCCUGGAGGGCUAUGAGAGUGUACGCCCAUGCCCGGAUGCGCACCGGAUCUACAGCGCGAUGCGCGCCCGGAUGGCUUGCAGUUUGGUGUGCGGGCUGCGCGCCAAUCGCAUCAACGCGCGCCACGAGACCGACUCGUACGUGUUGAAGACGCAGAAGAAGGGCUGGAAAAUGCUGGAGCUGCUGCUCGAGGCCGAGCCAAAGCUCAUC